ACCAAAACACCACAGUUGCCGGCCCUUCCAGCACCCUGCAUGAUACUUUCCUAAAAAAAUUUCCACUGUUGCUUUUGUCUUAAUCAGAUAAUAAUAAGCUUGCCGAUUUUGAAUCACUGAAUGAACAACUUGGAGCUCAAGUGAUCAACGGCACAGUUAUGAAAAAAGAACAAGAGGAACUUAGAACCAGCUGCACCAGAGUUAAAGAACAGCUUCUACUUCAUAUUGAGCUGAAGAGGAUGCAGCAGUAUGAAGUGGAUGUGACUCUGGAUCCUGAUACAGCUCAUCCUUCUCUCAUCCUGUCUGAUGAUGGAAAACAAGUGAGACAUGGAGACAUUAGACAGAAACUCCCAGACAAACCAGAGAGAUUUAAUACAAGUGCAUGUGUCCUGGGAAAGGAGGGAUUCUCCUCAAGGAGAUUUUAUUUUGAGGUGCAGGUGAAGGGAAAGACUGACUGGGCUUUAGGAGUGGCCAAAGAAUCCAUUGACAGGAAGAGAAAGAUCUCACUGAGUCCCAGUAAUGGAUUCUGGACUGUGUGGCUGAGGAAUGGGAAUGAAUAUGAAGCUCUCUCUGGUCCCUCUGUCUCUCUGUCUCUGAGCGUGAAGCCGCAGCGGGUCGGUGUGUUUGUGGAUUAUGAGGAGGGUCUGGUCUCCUUUUAUGAUGUGGAGUCCAGCUCUCAUAUCUACUCUUACACUGGUCAGUCUUUCACUGGGAAACUCUAUCCAUUUUUUAGCCCAUUCUCCAAUAAUAAAGGUAAAAACUCAGCUCCACUGAUCAUCACACCUGUCAAAUACAAUAAAUGAAUUUAUACCUAAUAUGAAAUACACAAUGAUAUAUAUUUUGAAAUAAUGAUUUACACAAUUAAAAUCUAAAAACGUUUUUUUUCUUCCAUAAUUUAUUUUUC